UCGGAGGUAGGGGCGGUCGUAGCCAUAAUUGGGGGCAGGAUAUCGGCAGGUGCUGGCAGGAUAUCAUCGCCCUUCCCUUUCUCUCCUGCGUACCGAUCGGCACCUCAUUUUGGGGCUCUGAGGUCACAGUCACACCGACACGCCGGGCACAACUCCACGAGGGGAGGAGCCAUACGGGUACAGAGGAAUAGAGAACUAGAGUCUGGAGGGAUACAAAACUUGCAAGAUGCAAUACGCGCCAAAAGGAUGUGCGCCCCUCAUUUCACCAUCCGACGGAAUUCGGCACUUCAGCAACGGUGGCAGAGACUCGAGAGAGGUUAUGACGACGCCAGUCUUGCCUUGAACAAGCAACCAUACGGGGGGACCUUCGACAGGCUCUUUUCGUACGAUAGUUUGCAUUGCCGGUGCAACCCCAUCCGUGAGUCGCUUGGCUCUUCCGCCUGUGCGAUCCCCCGAUUCCACUUUUCCCGUCAACAGAACGCCUCCAUUCUGGCUCAUGAAUCGUCCCUUCUUUUUUUGCCUUUUCUGCCUUUCGUCCCGCCGUUGGGUAUUGACUCAAGGGGCUUUUUGAGACGAAAUAGGAUGGCUAUAUCGCAGAUCUUAUGGCUCUGGCUCAUCCCAAACAGGACAUGGCCAGCAGGCUCAGCAGCACACCGGAUGAACCGUUGA